AUGGCCUCGGCCAAGGCAGUGCUUGAGGAGAUCCACCCGAAUCUUGCCGUCCACCCAAGGGAUACCAAUAAUUACAUCUUAGGGCGAAUUGGGCCCCACAAUGUCGUGCUGGCAUGUCUGCCCUCGGGCGUAUAUGGCACUACUUCAGCCGCAGUGGUAGCCACGCACAUGCUUUACACAUUCACCCGGAUCCGUAUCAACUUAAUGGUUGGUAUCGGUGGAGGUGUGCCCUCGGUGAAGAACGAUAUUCGAUUAGGAGACGUGGUUGUCAGUAGUCCUACGCGGGGGUAUGGAGGAGUCAUUCAAUACGAUUUUGGUAAAAACAUCGGACACAAGAUCGAGAUGACCGGAGUUUUAAACAAACCACCGCAGUCUCUUCUCGUUGCAAUUGCUAGGUUGCGGACCGAGCAUCUGAUCGGUGGGAACAAGAUUUCCUACUAUGUCGACGAAAUGUUGACAAAUAACCCGCUAAUGGGGUCCGACUUCCCCGAUCUGUGCCCAGAUCAGGACCGGCUUUUCGAGGCCGACUACGAUUAUGUCGGCCCUGCUGCAACAUGUGACCAAUGCGAUAAAACAAGAGAGGUAGUGCGACUUCCACGGACGACCCGCAGCCCCAAAAUACAUUACGGACUGAUCGCUUCGGGAAACCAGGUUAUGCGGCAUGGCAUGACACGGGAUCAACUUGCCAAUGACAUGGACAUCCUAUGCUUUGAGAUGGAAGCGGCAGGGCUCAUGGAUAACUUCCCUUGCUUAGUGGUGCGAGGCAUCUGUGACUAUGCAGAUUCGCAUAAGAGCAAAGAUUGGCAAGGGUACGCUGCAGCGACUGCAGCGGGCUAUGUUAAGGAUCUGUUGUCUGUUAUGUCUGUCGCUCAGAUCUACUCGAUCCCCGUUGUCGUGCCGUCUCUGAGUGGAGAUUAG